CUUCAAUAGUGUUCGUUUAUUUGUAACGAUUUUAUUUCGUCAAACUCGCCGAAGACAAAGGACAACGCAAUACAAAUAAAAUUGCUAUCUCACUCACUCAUAGCAUAUUACGGAACAUUAAUAUUGCUACAAAAAACGCGAUGUUCGGAGUGAAGUGAGCGAUUUUUAGCAAUCAACGUUGUCGUUCAAUACAAUCGAUCUCGAUCCCAAUCUUAACAGGAAUUGUAUUGCAUCAUCUUUUUACCACGUUUUUGUAUACCGAACGACCAUAUUUUUUUCAGCAAAAGUGAAUUUAAACAAUUCAGUACUUGUUUAUAUAAUUAGUCAGCAAGAUGGCAAGCGACAAUGAGCUAUUUAACAGGCGGAAAUAUGUAAAAGGCACGAUGACGCGCCUACGCAACUCGCUAACGUCGGAAUUCCUCGCGUCCGCAUCCGAACAAAUGUUACGCACGAAGGAAGAACAUGCCCAUUCGAUCUUCAAGGAGUAUAUAGACCUGACUGUUCAGGUCAACGACGACCAUGAUCCCACUCCUGUUGAAGAGGCGUACUUUGUGUGUAUGGACUUACUGCGCACUACUUUGCAGUCAAGAUUCGGGACGACGGCGGCGGCGGCAAAGCCAAGUGGCGGUUCUAAUAACGUCACGUCUAAGUUAAAACUCCCUGAUAUUCAAAUUCCACCAUUCGACGAUUUCAUAAAAUAUCUUGAAACAAGAGCUCUAGCUCUCGAAAACUCGAGCAACAAUGAUGUCAUCGGCGCUAGGAAAGUACAAGCUACUGCUGCAGUAACAAAUAAUCAUGUAGCUAAGUGCUAUUACUGUGGUAAGUCAGAUCACAAAAUAUUUUCAUGCCCCAAGUUUUUGCUUGCAUCGAUUGCAGAACGUGUUGAAUGUAUAAAAGCUAAAAAGCUAUGCAAAACCUGCUUAAACAGCCAUACAGGGAAAUGUCGCUUUCAUUUUAAAUGCACUCACUGCAAGCAAAAUCACAACACGCUCUUGCAUGAUGGAAAUGAAACAUCAUCAUCUAGUACUGAGGGUGGGGUAACGUUGCUGUCAGGCUUAAAUGACAACAACCAAGUUUUGUUACCUACUGCCAAAGUAAAAAUAUUAACUAAAAAUGGGCAGGAAUUGAUAGUCAAGGCUUUAUUAGACUCUGGCAGUCAGUCAUCUUUCAUUACAACUAAAUUAGCUAAUCUAAUUGGGAGAAAUCUACUAGCUACAAACACAGAGGUUUCUGGCAUUGCUAAAACUGGAAAGAAAAUACAAAGUUCCUUGCAAGUGGACAUAUUUUCAUGUGCUUAUCCCUAUAAAGUUAAUACUAACUGCCUAGUGGUGGACAAAAUAACUACUAACUUGCCACAAAACAGUUUUGACCUGUCACUUAUUAACAUUCCAAAAAAUUUAUUACUAGCAGAUGACACAUUCAAUAAAACAAGCGAGAUAGACAUUUUAUUAGCUGCUGACAUCUUUUUUCAGGCGUUGCUGCCCCAGCUUGAGGACCAGCACAAUGAGCUCAGCGAUCCCGCGACACCCCGACUCGUUCACACGCAGUUUGGUUAUUUGGUUGCAGGAAAAGUCCCCGUACAGUCUCCCCAUGAACUUCAGAGUACCCCUGUUUCUUUGUUUUGUCAAGAAUGUAAAACAGACUUAAAUUCUAAUGUUAUUCAGUUCUGGAAAUCUGAGGCUGUACCAGAAAUAUAUCCUGAGCACCCCACGUCUGAACAAAAAUAUUGUGAGGAAUAUUUUAAUGAAACGGUUCAACUUGUUGACAAUAAAUUUGAAGUCUCAAUGCCUUUAAAGAUUCCAAUUUACGAUGUAAACAAUACUUUAGGGAAUUCUCUAGUUCUCGCUAUGCGCAGAUUUUUGAAUUUAGAGAAAAGGCUCCAUAAAGAUGAAGCUUUGUUCAAAGAAUAUCAAAGUUUUAUUCAUGAAUACAUAGACCUUGGCCAUGCCAGCUAUGUCGAUAUUUCUAGUUACGAUUUUAACAAAGAUGCGGUAUACUUUAUGCCACAUCACCCUGUCAUACGUGAAAAUGCAGUUAGUACUCGUUUACGUACAGUAUUUGACGGAUCUAUGAAAACAACAAAUAAAAUUUCUCUGAAUGAUAUUAUGUUGAAUGGCCCUGUGGUCCAAAACGAAUUAUUCGACACUCUAUUGUUGUUCAGACUAAAUAAAUAUUUUUUCGCUUGCGAUAUUAGGCGUAUGUUUAGAAAUGUUUUAAUAGAAAAAAGUCAGAGGUCACUCCAAAAUAUAUUAUGGAGAGAUGACCCCCAUGAAUCCAUAAAAUGUUUACAAUUAAACACUAUUACUUAUGGCUUAAAAAACUCAUCUUUUUUAGCAACAAGGUGCUUAAAUGAGUUAGCUUAUAGAUCUAAAAAUGAAUAUCCUUUGGCUGUCCCAGUAAUUCUAAAUGCAACAUAUGUUGAUGACAUAUUGUAUACUCAUAAUGAUUUAAAUGUAAUAAUAGAAACAAAAAGUCAACUUUCACAAUUGUUAUCUAAAGGUAGUUUCUUCUUGCAUAAAUGGUCAGCCAACGAUUCCAGUAUUUUACAGGAUAUUCCGAAGGAACAGAGGUAUUCUGGAGAAAUUAACAUGCAAAAAGAUGUUAAAACGUUAGGGUUGAAUUUUGACGUCAAUUCAGACACUUUUAAAUUUUCCCCCCCGCCUAAGCAAUCUGUCAAGACCAAAAGAGAAAUCUUAAGUUUUAUCAGUAAAUUUUAUGACCCUCUUGGACUGAUUGGACCAAUCUUUGUGCAAGCCAAACAUAUUAUGCAAAAGCUAUGGCUGUCCAAAACAGACUGGGAUUCUAUUCCUCCGCCAGAAUUAAAUAAUAAAUGGCAAUCACUUUAUAAUGACUUAACUAACAUGUCAAGUAUUCAUAUUGAAAGGAAUACAAUGUGUAAAAGUGAACAUCAAACAUUUCAAUUAAUAGGAUUUUCAGACGCAUCCAAUGUGGCAUAUGGUUGUGCAAUUUAUGUGAGAACUAUUGACAUGCAAGGUAAAGUUCAAAUGUCACUAUUAUGCUCUAAGUCACGCAUAAAUCCCAUUGCACCUAAACAGUUAACCAUCCCACGUUUAGAAUUAAACGCUGCGCUUUUACUUGCCAAGUUAGCUUCAAAAGUAUACAAUACUAUUAGUCAGAAACAGAUAGUAAAUGAAGUUCACCUUUACACAGAUUCACAAGUCGUAUUGGCGUGGUUGAAGACCGAUCCAAUCAAAUUAAAAUCUUAUAUUGCGAAUAGAACAAAAUUAAUUACUGAAUGUACUAAUAACUUUAAUUGGUCCUAUAUACAGACAGAUAAAAAUCCUGCAGAUUGCUUGAGCAGAGGAACAAGUCCCUGCGACUUACCAAAUCACCACUUAUGGUGGUCAGGGCCUAAGGAAAUGUCAGAUUGUAAUUAUAAAUUUAAAAAUUGUACUUACCAAUUACCCGAGGACAUUCCUGAAAUUAAAUGUUCACAGAACGAGGCGGUCUGUGCGGCGGUAUCGCUGAGCUCAAAUGGGUCGUCAUUCCUUGAUAAUUUUAUUCACAAAUAUUCUGAUAUUAACAGAAUGAAACGUGUACUUGCAUAUGUCAUUAGAUUUUGUAAUAAUUCUAAACCUAACUCGGCCAAAAUUAAAGAAAACUUUGUUUCCUUUGCUGAGACUAACAAUGCAUUUUCUCUGCUUAUAAAGCACGAACAGCUCAAGUAUUUUUCUAAAGAUUUAAAUGCUUUGCAAAACGGUAUGCAAGUACAAGCUUCUUUAAGAGGGCUUAACCCGUUUAUAGAUGCUCACGGUCUUCUCCGGGUAGGAGGUAGACUGCAACAUUCUGGUUUGCCAUAUAACCAAAUGCAUCAAAUUAUAUUACCUAGGCAAUCUCUAAUUACUUGUAUGAUAAUUGAAAAUGAACAUAACAAGCUUUUGCACGCAAGUCAAAAAUUAAUUUUGUCUAGUUUAAACCAACGUUAUUGGAUUGUCAAUGCUUUACGCUUAAUUAAGAGUGUAAUAUAUAAAUGUACAACAUGCUUUCGUUUCAAGGCUGAAACAGCCAAACAGCUGAUGGGUUCACUCCCUGCGGACAGGGUAACUACUAGUCGACCAUUUAAAAAGGUCGGAAUGGACUUUGCUGGGCCUAUUCUUGUUAAACAAUCCCGUGUUCGAAGUGUCAUUACAACAAAGGCUUACAUAAUUAUCUAUGUGUGUUUUGUAACAAAAGCCUUACACCUAGAACUAGUGUCGGAUCUUACUACCGCCACAUUUUUAGCAAGCUUUAAAAGGUUCAUAGCACGAAGGAAUGUUCCAACAGAAGUCUAUUGCGACAAUGCUAGUACUUACAAAUGUGCAAACUCACAGUUAAAAGAAUUGUACAAAUUUAAUAGCUCAGUAGCUCAUCAGCAACAGGUGCAGAGUGCAGCCUCACAGUUGGGAAUCAAUUUUCAUUUUAUACCCAGCUACUCCCCGGUCUUCGGUGGACUAUGGGAAGCGGGAGUAAAGAGCGUUAAAUACCAUCUAAAGAGAGUAUUAGGUAGUCACAUUCUCACCUAUGAGCAGCUGUACACUGUACUUGUACAGAUAGAAGGCAUAUUAAAUUCUCGACCUAUAACACCAAUGUCUACAGACUGUGAUGAUGUAUCAUAUCUCACUCCUGCUCACUUCUUGACAGGAAGCCCCUUAACUUGUUUACCAGAGCAAGAUAUCUCACAAAAUAAUAUAAACACUUUUAAGUUUUGGGAAAAAUGUACAGCUCUAAAACAACAGUUCUGGAGACAGUGGUCAAAACAAUAUUUAAAUGUAUUACAGAAUAGACCAAAAUGGAAAGAUAACAUGCCAAAUGUAAAGAUAGGCGAUCUUGUCAUUCUGAAAGAAUUGGACACACCCCCCAUGACGUGGCCAAUGGCUAGAGUCACAAAGGUAUUUCCAGGUAGUGAUGGAAAAAUAAGAGCCAUGGAAGUUAAAAAAGCAAAUGGUAAUUAUCACAAAACUUCUAUAACUAAAGUUUGCAUAUUGCCUUUAAAUUAAAUACCUAACAAUUUAAGUAAGUUGUUAUCAGGCUCAGUCUAACUACCUAUUAUUAUUAUUACCUGUGUAUAAGGUUGUCCAGUUCUCGUAGGCCUAGAUGCUUCUCAGGUAACCUAAUUGUGCCUGAGAGGAUGCCAAGAGACUUAGGCUAAGUUAAUUAAUAAGUUUAAUUAAGUUGAAUUGUAAAACUAUUCAUUUUCCUAACUAAAUUAUAGUUAUGUCACUAAGACUGGUUACUUACCAAUUUACGUUUGUAAAAGGAACAAUUCCUAAGUUAUAUAUAAGAGUAAAUAAUCGAAUAAUAACUAUAAGAGCAAAUAAUUGAUUUCACUAUUACUAGCUGCCUAUGUAACAAGUUCAUAAACUUAAAAUUUAAUUUACUUUACUUAAUUAUAAAUGUAAAAAAUAAAUACUAGAUACUUACAUAGGUACUUACCAGUAAUACUUACCUCAGUGGUUGUAUAACAUAAAAGUUAAAAAGGUUAAGUGAAAAACAAAAAAAAAAUAAUUGUAGUUAUGUUUAUUGUAAAAUUACAGUAACUUAUAUACUAGUAAACCAUACUUACAUAAUUGUACUUACCUUCCAAACUUAAGCUAGAUAAAUUAAAAGUACUUAUCUUCUAAACUUAACCUACUUAAACUAAAACUAUAAAUAGAUAAUAUUAUAAAUAAUAAGUUGAAUGUGUAAUUGUAAUAGAUAGUUCAAACUAUUCUUCAUAGCACUGACAAAUGCAAAAGUUAUCGCACACAUUUGAAUCAGUUACCUAUUAAUUAUAUACUUACAGUCCAUUAUCGAA